UGUCUCACAUCACAGACAGACUUGCAUUAUGCUCCCCUCUGAAGACAUAGAUCUACAGGCUAUUAAUUAAGGGAAAGGAGAUUAACAAGACGGCAAUAACCUCUGUAUUGGUGACACUCCAGAACAGCCAGCUGGGAAAAACUUUCAACAUAGAAGGCUGUGCAACGUGCAGUGAAACUGCUCCGAGUGCAGCUGUCACAUCCGAAGCGGAGCAGACACGAAGUCUGCUAAACCCCAAACAAGUCAGCAGAAACUUCGCAGAGGGAGUUGGCCCUGCAUGCAGUCCCUGAGCUUGUGGAAGACAUAAUUAGCUUUGCUGACAAGGCAAAGAGAAGAUGAGGACUUGCUCUCUAAUAUGCAUAUUUCUGCUGAUUGCCUUGUCCACUGGCUGGGCUCAAGAUGAAAAUUCUUCCCCUCCAAAAUCUCAAAGACGGAGAAAUCUGAAUAGACGCAGAAGAGUGUCUUCUAAGAGUCCAGCUAGAAGGCAACAACUGAUCCAACCUACACCCAUCCCAAUUCCGGCAGCAAAUGUCCCUUUUUACAAUGGGGACGAUACCAUAGUGCAUAUAUUACAAGCAGUACUAGGAGUCAACGAGCAAGCACCAAGCUACAAUAUUCUGCCAGGUAGUGUAUAUGUCCGAGUAAAGAAAGGUCACUGCAUGGUAAAUGGUAUCGUAAUGUAUGACAAGGCGGUGUGGUCUCCAAAGCCCUGUUUCACCUGCAUGUGUUCUAAUGGAAAUGAAAUUUGUGAUGAGACAAUCUGCCCUCUUCUGUCGUGUCCCAUGACUGUGACCCAUGAUGGUGAAUGUUGUCCAGUAUGCAGCGAUAUUGUGCUUAACAGUAUCCCAGUGGACAACACACUUCAAUCUUCUGGUGAUUCUCCAGAACCAAAUGAUCCCAAUGAUGUGGUUCUUAUCAAGUCACCACGUACCCAAGAAGAUAUGGAUGAGCUUCUUAGAAAGGAAUUAGAAGAGAAUAGCAAAGAAGAAGAAAGGAUAAAGGCAGAGGAGCGGAAGAAAAAAAAGAAAAAAGUGCAGAUACAGCGUCAGGAAGAGAAGAAAAGAAAGCUGAAGAUGGUAGCUGAAGAGGAAGAGCGGACUCAGGAAGAAAGGAGAAGGGCAAAUGAAGAAGAGGAGUUGAGGAUAGAGCAGGAACAGCAACGCAGGAGAGAAGAAGAAAGGAAAAAGAAAGAAGAAGAAAGGAAGAAAAAAGAAGCUGAAGACAGGGAAAAGGAGGUAGAACAGUUAGUAAGGGAACGUAAACAAAAAGAAAGAGAAGAGCUAGGCCUAGAAGAAGAUGAAGAUGAUGAAGAAGAUGAUGAAGAUGAUGAUGAAGAAGAUGAAGAGGAGAACAUCAUAAGAGGUGAUGUCUUCAGAGUACCGAGGCGGCGUAGACCAGGUUCCCGUAGGCCUACAGAUAUCCAUCAUCCUCCACUGCCUCCUGGUUGCUUCAUAUCAGAGAUCACAGUUAGCUGUUCCAAUGCAAAACUAACAGGCAUUCCCCCAAUUUCAGACCCUGAUGUAAAGAGCCUGGAUCUUCUAGGAAAUUUUAUUACAUCCAUUCCAAAAGAAGCAUUUAAUGGAAUGCCUAAUCUGGAAAGGAUUGAUUUGAGCAAGAACAAACUUAUGUCUACAGGUAUAGAUUCACUUGCAUUUAAGUCACUGAAGAAUUUGAAACGUCUGUACUUGGAUGGAAAUAUCCUUGACCAGAUCCCAUCUGAAUUACCAUCUACUUUAGAGGAGCUUAAACUGAAUGAAAAUAAACUUGGAAGCCUUAAUGAAGACAGUCUAACAGAUCUGAAGAACCUGGUAACUUUGGAAAUGGAAGGCAAUCAGCUGAGUGAGGCCAAUGUCAGCCCCCAGGCCUUCAAACCACUGCAGCAUUUGAGCUAUCUACGCCUGGGCAGAAACAAAUUCCGGACCAUACCACAAGGGCUGCCAGCAUCUAUUGAGGAGCUCUACAUUGAAAACAAUGAGAUUGAGGAGAUUUCAGAAACCUCCUUUAACCAAACAAUCAAUUUGAAUACUAUAGUGUUACGAUAUAACAAGCUGGAGGAGACGAGAAUAGCUCCUUUAACCUGGAUUCUACAUGAGAACCUGGAAUCAAUAGAUCUAUCCUACAACAAGUUUUAUCAUGUGCCAUCACACCUGCCCAAGUCCUUACUGCACCUUGUGCUGGUAGGGAACCAGAUUGAGAGGAUUCCAGGUUAUGUGUUUGCACACCUGAAUCCGGGGCUGGAAUAUCUCUACCUUUCCUUGAACAAACUCUGCAAUGAUGGAAUAGACCCAAUUUCAUUUCAUGGGGCAUAUCACUCAUUAAGAGAAAUAUUUCUCGAUUAUAAUGAACUGACAAGCGUGCCAGUUGGAAUGGAAGAUAUGAGAGACCUCCAUAUUCUGAGGCUGAACAACAAUAAAAUCAAGGCAGUGUCACCAAAUUGUAUCUGCAGUGCUGAAGAUGAAGGAGAUUCAAAGAUAGAAUAUCUUCACCUGGAAAACAAUUAUAUCAACACAAGAGAAAUAUCGCCCUACGCAUUCUCCUGCAUCCGCUCCUAUUCCAGUGUCAUUCUUAAACCACAGAAGGUCAAGUAACAGUGUCACUAGACUUCCGCACUGCUGGAUACUUCACAACUUUUAUAAAUUAGACUACGGAUUCUGUGGAGAUACUGUAAUUACUAUCCAGCUAUGCAUUGCUACCCUACAAAGGCCGGAUGAUACAUUCAAUUGUUCGGGGGGUUGGGUCAGAGAUAUAUUCUACUUGCAUAGCAGAUCUUUUGCGGCAUUUAUUGCAUUCGCAUUGGAAAAAUAAUUCCCACUGAAAUAUUGUCCUCAAAAAGUCUUAAGCACAAUAUCUGUUUCCUAGAUUACAGGGAAAGUCUAAUUUUCACAUUCCAAACCUACUAUGUCUAUGUGCACACGUUAGAUUUACUGGUCAGUGUGGGAUCAUAAAUGAGAACUAUUACUUAUAUACUGGUGCCAAUAACAUUACAUUACACUCUAAAAUUUCUAGCUUGUGAUUGCUACAUGUUUCCUACUGCUUUGGACACAAAUGUUACACCACCAAAGCCACUAAUUAAGUACUGUUUUCAAACUUUCUUUUAUUACAGUUUUUAGAAUUCUAUUUUGAGGUAUUUCACAUUUUUGUGAUUUAUUAUUUGUCUUGUGCCCUCACCUAAACGUGUAAGACUAUGCUAUGCGUCUUCUCUAUCUUGCUAGACUAGGUAUAGACUGCUGUGGUCUAAUUUGUUUAAAACAAAUCACUUUUAUUUAGUUAUUAUGUGAAAACUCAAGUAAUUAAAAAUUCUGCAAUCAAA